AUGGUCAACGCAACCUUCAUUGAAGCAUUAUUCAGCCACUUGACGUUCUUCUUUGCGCUUGUCGCCCGCCCCUCGCCAUCUCGUAGACUUUUUUUCCUGCCUAUACUCUGCGCCAACAUCUGGCUACUUCUUUAUGUACCACCACCAGAGGGAUCCACAAAAACGGCUCGAUUUAGAGGCUAUGGCCUCGCCUUCCGCAUUGCCACUGCCUCCGACUUCAUCCUUCUGACUGAUGUCCAGAACGAUCUCCGACUUCAAAACGAUAAACGGCAUAUCCCCUCUGCAUCCCUCCGUGCGCGUAUGUUGUGGGUGGUCCGCCUUCUGACGGCCCAUCGUGGGGUGGGCUGGACAUAUGAGCCCACGGCACGCAUCCCUCGCAGGUCUGAGAACCUAUCUCGCUGGGCAUUCGUCGUUUCCAAGAUUUCUUGGGCUGUAUAUUAUUAUGUUCUCGGUGACCUUUUGCAGAUUCUGUUGCAGUGGAAUUUAGCAGUUGUCAAAGGGGAAUUGUACGGGACGGGGAUGGUGGGGUGGUUGCUGGAUCGAACGACGUUCCUUGCCUAUCUUCUCGAGAUUAAUGUCAGCUUGAAUCUGCCAUAUAACGUCCUCGCGGGGGCGUCGGUUUUUCUGGGGGUGACAGAGGCGAGGGAUUGGCCUGCGUUAUUCGGGUAUUGGAGCGAUGCCUAUACAGUCGGGCGGUUUUGGGGGCGAGUAUGGCAUCAGAAUCUUCGCAGGGUAAGACAUUUACUCGUAGUCAGUCCGAAUGUCGCCCACCAUUGUGCUUUCCAGAUUCUAACUGUCCACAGCAAAUUCAUCGUCAAGAACGUUUUCAGCCUCACUAAUGGCACCUCGUUGGCAUGGCAUGUCCAACUCUAUGCCGCGUUCGCUAUUUCCGGUUUAGUUCAUCUAGCCGGUGACUACCUAGCUCUUGGUGACUGGACGACAGGAGGGUCGAUGCGCUUCUUCGUGCUUCAAGCAGUGGCGAUCACCAUUGAAGACAUCGUCAUUAAUUCAGCCUCGAGGAUUGGAUUUGGCAGAACGCGUCUUUCAAAAUGUGUUGGGUAUAUGUGGGUUUUGGGUUGGUUCAUAUUGUCUGUACCGGGGUGGACUCGUCCAUGGGCGAUGGUUGGCUUAGGUCAAGAGGGUGUAUACCAGAGUGUCAUUCUGCGCACUUGUCAGAAAGUACUUCGGCUGGAAAACUGGCUUGCCUAA